CACUGCGCCCAGUGCUGCCCUGCUCUGCAGGCCCGAGGAAGGCGGUCACGGCUCCCUGCCUUUUCAGGUAGCGCAGCCACGGCAGCUGUGGCUCCGGGGGCUUUCAUCAGAAAGUUGUGGGCGGAAACUUCCAGGGGUUGGCUCUGAGCUUCUUGAGGCUUCUCAGCUGCAGAUAUAAGGUGAGUGGGUGUCUCUCUGAGAACCAGCAAGAGAAGAUGAGAGAGAGAGAGAGAUUGAUUGGUGUUUCCCUUGGUGUGGAAACUCUAUAAAGCGAGAGCUGGCUGUUCCUCUCUUUAGCAGUGAGCAGCAGGAGUUCCUUCUUCGACAUUGCAGCCUCCACAGGACUGAGAAGUAAAAUCCUUGGGAGUCCCUGGCUGCCAUGCAGCAGCCCUUCAGUUAUCCAUAUCCCCAAAUCUACUGGGUGGACAGCACUGCCAGCUCUCCCUGGGCCCCUCCAGGGUCAGUUCUCCCCUGUCCAUCCUCUGUACCUGAAAGGCCUGGUCAAAGAAGGCCACCACCACCACUGCCACCGCCGCCGCCACCGCUACCACCACCACCACUGCCCCCGCUGCCCCCACUGCCCCCGCUGCCCCCACCACCCCUGAAGAAGAGGAAGGACCACAGCACAGGCCUCUGCCUCCUUCUGAUGUUUUUCAUGGUCCUGGUGGCCCUGGUUGGAUUGGGGCUGGGGAUGUUCCAGCUCUACCACCUGCAGAAGGAGUUGGCCGAGCUCAGAGAGUCCUUCAGUCAAAGGCACACAGCAUCAUCAUCUAUGGAGAAGCAAACAGCUCACCCAAGUCCACCUCAAGAAAAAAAGGAUACCAAGAAAGUGGCCCACUUAACAGGCAAGUCCAACUCAAGGUCCAACCCUUUGGAAUGGGAAGACACCUAUGGAAUUGCCCUGGUUUCCGGACUGAAGUAUAAGAAGGGCAACCUUGUGAUCAAUGACACUGGGCUGUACUUUGUGUAUUCUAAAGUGUACUUCCGUGGCCAGUCCUGCAGCAACCAGCCACUGACCCACAAAGUCUACAUGAAAAACUCUAAGUAUCACCAGGAUCUGAUGCUGAUGGAAGAGAAGAUGAUGAACUACUGUACUACUGGCCAGAUGUGGGCCCGGAGCAGCUACCUGGGGGCAGUGUUUAAUCUCACCAGUGCCGACCAUGUAUAUGUCAAUGUCUCUGAGAUAUCACUGGUCAAUUUUGAGGAAUCAAAGACAUUCUUUGGUUUAUAUAAGCUCUGAUAAAAAAAAAAGUACUUUGGGAUGCCAUUACAAUUCCUGUUACAGGCACCGAGAAUGUUGUCUUGACUGAGGGUCUUCUUAGGUCCCUCUUGAGGUCAAGCCAUGAACCAUGAGGACCUGGAGACCACAGGGUCCAGCAGGUCUGCAGUUCCAAGUCUCACCCAAGGUCCAUGGGCCAGGCAGGAGGAGGAAGAUGACUGAAGAACAUAGAACUCCUGGCUGUCAUGUGAAGAUCAAAAGCAUUGAAAGGUCACUACCAGGCAUUCUACAUUCAUGUUAAGUGGCCAAGAGAAUUUCAGCACAUUUUAAAAGAUACCUUUUACCUCACCUCUUGAGGUGGGUCUACUUGCUACCUCAGCAGAGGAUGCAUUUCACGUAUUUGGUUGUUACAUGAGUGUGCAAGGGAUGGAAAAGGACUUGCAAGAUAAGCUAAAGAGACUGAACGAGUCUGAUGCCUGCUUGGCAGCAUCUUUACUUCGAAAUUAGUAGCAUGAGCUGCCAAGUGAUGCUAACAGACAAGCAAGAGGGGUCUUUUGGGGACUCAGCUCAUUCCCUACACUGCAUGUGUAUUUCCAGUGCAAUGGUAGGGGUGUUUGUGUGUGUGUGUUUGUGUGUGUGUGUGUGUGUGUCUAUGUGGGAGAGCAAGAGGGAGAGGAAGAGAGGAGUCAAAUAUGUAUGGAGUGUGAAAAUUAUGAAGUGCAUUUUUGGAAAAUACGGGUUGCAUUUGGUGGUAGAAUGCUUCUUGGCAACCAACUCUAAUAGUCCUCAAAAAUCUCUGAUGGUCAGCUGCUGCUGAUGUUUUUCUUUAUAAGCAAUAUUUAUAUCCAUUCUGUAUAUUUUAAUGAAAUAUUACAUGGAGUAAACCUACUUUAGAAUAUAGAUAAAUAUGAAUACAGUUUUUGGAAAUCACUAAAA